CGAUGCUUAAAGCAUGGCAUAUUAUUGCAAGUAAACAUGCUUUACUUAAUUCGCAACACUUAUAUAAACCAUUCGUUUUAUUUCAAAGAUUUGAAUCUAAUGAUAUUUUGGCGAGUGCUCAACAAUCAUUUAUACCCAAAUCUAAUAUUGAGAAUACAGAAUUCUAUAAAAAUCAUGUUAUAUUGAAAGAUGAGGCGGAAUCUAUCAAUCAUAAAAUUGUUUCAGAAUUUGAGGCUGAACAGCCGGGAUUAAUUGAUGCUAAUAAUCAUAAUAUAAUUGAUUAUAUUAAUUUAGAGCCUUCUCUAAAUGCUCUAGGGGAACCCUCUUUACAGAGUUAUGGUUUAGGGAGUAUGUACCCACCAGGAUUAUUACAGCAAGCAUUGGAAUAUUUGCAUGCCAAUUUGGAACUUCCAUGGUGGGCUGCUAUUGUAACAACCACUUGCAUAAUUAGGUUCUUGUUGUUCCCCAUCGUUAUCAAAUCUCAGAGAUACACCACUAGAAUGAGCAAUGCCAUGCCUUCCAUACAAAAGUAUCAGACUCAGAUUUUCGAAGCCAGAAGGAACGGGGAUCAAGGCGAAGUAUUACGGAUGAGCCUUUUGCUUAGGAAAACGCUGAAAGAUAACGAUGUGAAACCGUUGAAAACGUUUAUGAUGCCUCUGUUCCAAGCACCCAUAUUUUUAUCUUUCUUUUGGGGUCUAAGAAGUAUGGCCAACGCGCCUAUUGAAAGUAUGCAAACCGGCGGUCUUUUUUGGUUCACUGAUUUGACGCUCGCGGAUCCUUAUUACUUGCUUCCUAUCAUCACAUGUUCCACUUUAUUUCUCACCCUCGAGUUCGGAGUUGAAAGUGGAAUGAGAGCAAAUAUGAUGCCUGUCAUGAAAUACGUUAUGAGGGGAAUGCCUGUUGUGGUUUUUUUCUUCACUCUCAAUUUUCCAGCGGCUAUCCUAUGCUAUUGGUGUACCAACAAUUUUUUGAGUUUGCUCCAGGUGGGCUUCCUCAGAUUGCCAGGUGUUAGGCCUUACUUUGGCAUAGAAAGGGCUAAGCCUCCUCCAGCUCCUGACAAUAAAACGUUGAAAAUGAAAUUUAAAGACUCCAUGGAAAACAACAAAAUAUUGAGCGAAAUCGAGGACCGGAUAAAAAUGGACGCAUUCAAGUUUAAACAAGCUGGGUUAGGUCCGGUGCCAAAAACAUUCGUAACUGACCCCACCCAAAUUCUCCCCUCUUCCAAAAUCGAUUAUGGAGAUUUGCAUCGCGUCAAUCAAGAAAAAGAAACUAAUUAUCGAACUACAGAUAUUAGGUCGAAUAUAGAGAGGGAUCAUGAUAAAGAUGCAAAAAUGAUCGAAGAAAUAAAGGAAAGAAUCAGGAAAAGAAAUUGAGACACUGAUUUAAAUUCUUUAAUGGUUGUAUAUUUGUAUUUUCUGUUUGCAUAAAAUGAUAUCAUCGUUUAUUUGACAACAAAAUGUUAA